UAAUGGGAGGCUGGAAGCUUGAAGUGGGCAAAAUGGCCAUGUAUGUCACAUUUCCGGUAAUAAUGUUCUACUACUUCAACCAACCCGCCCUCUUUGAGGAAUGGGUGGUCAAGACCAAGAGGGAAAUCUACCCGCCAGAUAAUCCAGAGAAGCGAAAGGCCCUUGAGGAGUCUUUCCGACUAUCCAGGGAAAAGAAUGCCGUAUCUGCUGAUGAUCUAGUGUGACUUGCGUGAUUGUUAAAGCACGUUUGAUUUAGAUUGUAAUACAAAUGUUUCUGUUUAAAAUUAA